UUUUUGUUUGAGAUCAAAAUCAAAGAUGGCGCCCGGUAAAUUAUGUUUACUUGGACUACUCGAUCCAGUCCUCAACUCCAAUAACGACCGGGAUGAGCUGGUACGGUUAGAAAAACAAAAUGGCGUCUUUAGCUGGUCGAUCUUUACGAGGAGCUUCUCGUGUGAUUUUACAGGCGACAAGUUCUCAAUGUGGACGGAUUGCAUCACAAGCUGGAGGUCCCAAACUGCAAAGCACUCGAGCUCUUCAUCAAGUUGCUGGAAUGAGUUUGUGAGUGUUUAUGUCAGCUAUUUGCCUGAUCAACGNUGCUAUGUCCAGGCCUUGGUUGUUCAAAGGGUGGGCAAUGUGAUCCGCAUGAUAAAUCAAAAUCAGGUAAAGCUGUCAACAGGAAACUGA